GAAACCUAUAUAGAAUUUACCAUACAGACAUAUCACAAACAAUUUUGUGCCGAAAAUAUUUCAAUUCAUUUAAUUUCACAAUGGUAAUUUAGCAAAUUAAAUACUGUGACACGGAAACAAUUGAAAUCGUACACUUGGGAAGAAAUAUCAAAUAUAGAAAAUAAUAUUAAAUUUUAUUUGGAUAAAGAACGUUUUUGUGAUAGGAUUCAAGGGAAUCUUGCAAUAAUUACGGAAGUAAAUAAUAAAAGCAAAUAACAGGAAGAUAAUACCAAAAAUCCAACAGUAAAUAAGCUGUUAAUCCAAUAAUAGCAAACAAAAAAGCAGUGUGUUUUUAGGUGCUAACGUUUUUCUUAAAUUAAAACCUUGGACACUGCAAUUUGGUUUUUACACAAAUUUUGUUUAGUUUGUAGGACUCUCCUUGUUACAAAUAGAAAAUUUUUACCUUUUUAGCAACGGAAAAUCUCUGAUUGCCAGAUCUGAUUUCACAGUUUUCUCCUAAAAUACAGUAUCUGUUCUUGGCCUCCUUUAUAAUCCCCUCUAUACGUCUCCUAAAAAGGCACCCGAGCCCCAAUCCCCAAGACCGAGUCAAAUCCUCUGGUGAGACUACAUUAAAUCUACGUCAUGGGUGUGCUAUUUGUUUAUCUGUGAUUUGGCUUUUGUUAUCAUUACGUUUUUUACUUUUUUUUUUCUUCAGAUUUAAAAGUUAAAUAGGAUGCCAACUUCAAAGAGACACAUGAUCCAUGGGGAAGUUUCAGAUGCAAAUAGCUAUUGUUACACACAACAUGCAAGGAAGCGUACAAGAUAUGAGAACAACGUUUCUUCUUCUUCUUCUUCUUCAAAGUUCAAAGGAGUUGUGCAGCAGCAAAACGGUAACUGGGGUGCACAGAUAUAUGCAAAUCAUCAGAGGAUUUGGCUUGGGACAUUUAAAUCGGAGGAGGAGGCAGCAAUGGCGUAUGACAGUGCCGCCAUUAAGCUUCGAAAUGGAGAGUCUCAGAGAAACUUUCCGUGGACAAAUCUUACGGUUCAAGAACCAGACUUCCAAAACCAUUACACAACAGAAGCAGUCCUAAAUAUGAUCAAGGAUGGAUCAUAUUCCUCCAAUUUUUCGAGCUUUUUGGAUCGAAAACGAGAGGAAAAAGGAGUGGAUCACAAUGCCAAGGUUUCCCAGGGCGGUGGAGGCAUGAUGUGGAGACAACUAUUCCAGAAGGAACUAACUCCAAGCGAUGUCGGUAAGCUUAACAGACUAGUUAUACCAAAAAAGUAUGCAGUUAAGUAUUUUCCAAAGGUAUCGGACAAUGGGGAAGGGAAUGCAGAUGGAAGUGCUGUGGACAACACAAGGUUAAAUUUUUACGACAGGUGGAUGCGCCUGUGGAAGUUUCGGUAUUGUUACUGGAGUAGUAGUCAGAGUUUCGUCUUCACAAGGGGCUGGAAUAGAUUUGUGAAAGAAAAGGAGUUGAAGGCAAAGGAUAUUAUAACUUUUUAUAUGUGUGAAUCACCUAAAAUGCCUCACGAUGGGCAGCCAUUUUGUGUCAUUGAUGUAAAGAGAAUGGAUGGUAAUAGUGAAGGCAAUGGAAGUAUGGUUGAAGGGGUCGAUCAUGCAUUGAAAUUAGAUUUGGCACAAAAUCUAAACAACGGUACCUCAUCUGAGGAUGAGGUACCAAUAUCUCAAAAUAAUCUGAAGAAGGGUGUAAAGCUUUUUGGUGUACAUAUCAGUUGACAAUGAGACGUUUCUGUUUUUUUUCUUUUUUCUUUUUGUAACAUAAAAUUAUAGAAUAUAUCUAUUUUUCUGUUGCAAAUCUGGAUGUUUUUUUUAAUAGGUAAAUGAGAGAAUAUAUUUAAAAAAACGCCCAAAAGGCUAUAGCUAGAGAGGAGGGAAAUACCAACCACCUUGAAACCAACCAAAACACAACAUUCAAAAACAGUUGGACUCUCCUGGUGGGAAGGAUCAGUGCUAAAAGCACAACCUGCACCAAAAGAAAACCCCUAAAACCUAACAAGUUGGAAUCGAAGAAAGUGACCUCAAAAAGAAGAGCUUAGACCUCACUGCCCCUCCUUGAGGGAGGUGAACAAUUGUAGUUGACCAAGCAUUCUAGUUUUCAAAUCUCUCUCCCCUUUUCAAAUCUCCUUCCGCCAGAAACGAUUUCUUCUUUCCCCUGCAACCUCAACUUGAUGACCUUUUCUUGCCUCCAUUUUCCUUAGAAGGGAAUUGAUUACCUUCUCAAACCCCACCAUUGGCAAUCCCAAAAAGCUAGUUGCAACUCAGGAUGUUAUGUCUUAUAUAUUCAAUUCAUGCAGGUUCACUUCUUAAAACUAUGAUUGUUCUACUUUUAAUAUGUAAGAAAAGAAAAAGUUUGCAUGGAAAAAAAGUUGUCUUAAUUUAGAUUAUGUUUUACUUGUUUUCACUUAGUUUAACAAAAUUAGACUGGUAAAACUCUAACAUUUGCUUCUUUUUAUUCAAAGAAUGUUCUUGUCUAUAAUGUUGAAAUAGAAAAUAGGAAUAAGAAAUCAAUUCUAGUUCUAUUUAUUAAUGUGUUAAUUUGGAUUGUUUUUUAGAAUAGAAAUAAGAAUAAUAAAUUCUUUAAUAUGGAAACCAAUUCAUCCUCUUAAUAAGAUUUUGAUCCCUCUCUUGCAUGUGGUAUUAAGAUUUAUCUUUGUUUCUAUUUUUUCCCAUUAAUAUUCGUAAAUACCAAACACACCCUUUAUAUUCAUAAUGUAAUGGCUACAUUAUGACAUUCAUUGGCAUCCAGAGUUGUACUCAUGUGUUUCAAUUACAUAAGCAAUAUACUAAAAUUGUAUUGCAAAGUGUAACCUAACUAUUGUGUUGGAUAACAAAUAAUCAUGGUCCAUAAAUUGUGGUGCGUGGUGUCACUAACAUAUUGGAUACUAGUGAUUGUCAAUUCCUAAAUCAUGGCGCAUGGUGUCUCCAAUUGUGGUGUAUAACAUAGUGUUAAGUGUGUAUAAAAAUUUAUGAUUGUCGAUUACUUCCAGGUUGAAAUUAUUAAUUUACCAACCUAAAUAAAAAUAAGCAAAUCAUUUGGUUGAUCACAACACAUAAAUUAUGUUAACAUUAUUUGUUCGAUGUUUUUACUAAAGAACCUCGCACUAUCAAUCAAACAACCUUGCAUUAUAUGCUUUGAUUUAUGAGCAUGCAUGAUUUUGUGUUCCUUCUAUUUAAAUCAUCUUCUUCACAUUUCUUCCACCAAAAAUUUGUUCAGAGCCUCUAAAUUUCUCAAAGAUAAUGUUGUGUAUUUUAACUUUUUUCCUAAUUUUUACUAUGUCAAAGAUCAAGCUUUCAAGGAAUUUUUCAUGGUAAGGAGAGUUAAGAAUGAAUCCUAUGUAUUUGAUGACUUCACACUUUUGCCUUCAUGAAAGCCACAAUCAGUUUCAUUUUCUACAACUUCUUAUGAGUCUACCUUCUUAUUUUAGAAUCGUGUUUUUAGUUCUUUUAUAUUAGGGUAAAACCCUUAAAAGUAUGACAUGAUAUAAUAAAUUUGAAAUUCAUUAUUAAUUUUAUAAUAUUCUAGGUUUACUUUUGUCUAUUUUUAUUCCAUGUAUUACACUUUAUAAACAUUAUAGCCUAAAAUUUUUUGCAUUUUAUAUAACUUUGGUACAUUAAGAAUUGCACGAAAGAUCAAAGUCAUGGGUUUCUUACUAGUAGAUGAUUUGUUCAUAGUUGGGUCGUGGGCUUAAGCAAUCCAUUUGAGGUGGUAGUACACCACCUCCUAAUUGGAGGGAUGACUGGUUUUAAUCAUUAGAAUGAAGUUCUCAUGGUGGGUGCGCUAGUAUGUAUAGUUACACAUUAGAUAAAACCUAUUGUGAGUUAUGACAUAAGGUUAUCGAGUAGUCAUAAUUUCACCAAGUUACUACACUGUGUAGUCUCUCAACCUUGAGAUAAUAUUGAGUUUGUGCAGAAAUUAACAGUAAUUUUGACUUACAAGUCAAAUCCUAAAAUGAUCAUAUAUUUACUAUGAAUUGAGUUACUAUUGAUGGAAAUUAGUAGCAACAAAUAUUUUUAAUAGAGACACUAUAAUAUCUCAUGGACUUUUAAACUAGUAUAUCAUUUGGGUGAUCUUAAGGAUGUGUGAUUAUGAAUUGUGAGUCUAUAGUAAUUCCUUUAAUGGAAUUUGACAUAUGUUUUUAUUGAGUUAAAGUAUGUUAUUUGAUCACAUAAUAGAAGGAUGGUAAAGACAAUCUUAAAAGGUUGAUAGUUUUCACCUUGUUAGACAAUGGUCAACCAUUUUAUGGGGAGACUAUAUACAGUGAAAAACAAGUCACAAACUCAAGCUCUUGGUGUCUUGUUAAUGUAAUGUACAUGAAACACUAAAAUAUAAUUGACUAUCUUAAGUGGGAUAUUGAGUUAACUUUAAAAUUAGAUUAUGAGGGAGACGAUGUUAUCCUAUGAGUCCUAAUGAUCCUUACUUGAACUCAUAUUCCUUUAUAAUAUGAUUUAUGAGAGUUAGAUGAAUUUUUAGUUCACUUAUAUGCAUAUGAACGUUUUGAUAAUUAAGCAGGAUCACAU